CCCACCACCCGCUUCUAGCCCAUCACCUGUUUCUAGUCCCGGCCAGAAUGAUUCAUCAAAGGGGGAUAAUAGUAUUAGUACUAGUACAUUUGUUGGGGCUAUUAUUAGAACAUCUCUAAGUAAUAUUUUGAUGCGAUGA